UGAGACCGAUGCUAUUAGUUUCCAAAAAAAAUGUCGUAUUAAUCAUGACGGCUUUCAUCGUUCGGUAGGGAGGGAGAUCAAACUGCGCGCCAUGGGUUUCCCUUUACGCUUCUUAUCAUCAUUGUCGUUGUGCCUCUUGGCCCUCCUCCUCCACCGGGCCACGGUGACAAGUGGGUGUUUCAGCAUGGAGAGGGAGGCACUGUUGGACUUCAAAGCCGGCAUCCACGACACCCAUAACCGGCUAUCUUCUUGGGUAGGCCAAGACUGCUGCGCAUGGGAGGGGGUCAUCUGUGGUGCCACCACUGGCCACGUCGUCAUGCUCGACCUCCGAAACACAAAUACUACAGAUGAUUGGGCAUUACGCGGUGAGAGGAUGAUGAACUCGUCAUUGCUUGCUUUAUCUCAUCUGAAGCACUUGGAUCUUAGCUUCAAUAAUUUCAGCGGGAUCCGCAUACCGGAAUUCAUCGGCUCCUUCAAGAAACUGAGAUACCUCAAUCUAUCUUCUACACGAUUCAUGGGAGGAAUACCUGCUCGGCUGGGGAACCUUUCGAGCCUCUACGUUCUUGAUCUAAGCGUUGACUUAUACGUCGAUGAUUAUGGAGACGGAUAUCCCGUCGACAACCUCGAGUGGCUCUCCCAUCUCACGUCCUUGAAGCACCUGGACUUGAGCGGGUUGAACCUAACCGAUGUCCCAGAUUGGUUCUCAUCCGUGAACAUGCUGCCAUUCCUCCAAGUGUUAACUAUGUAUGCCGCUGGUCUCAAUACCAUCCCAGCUUCUGUUGUCCACGUCAACUUCACCUCCUCUCUUACCGUCCUUGAUCUCUCCUAUAAUCAUUUCAACUCCACCUUACCCAAAUGGUUGUGGAAUAUUAGUGGUCUUACCCAUCUUGAUCUUCAUGAAUCUGGGUUCCAUGGGGUUAUUCCUGAUGCAAUUGGAGACUUGGGCUCUCUUACUUUUCUUGAUCUAGGAGUCAAUCAACUCGAGGGUACCGUGCCAAGAUCCAUGGUUGAUCUCCGUAGACUGAAAGAAUUACAUAUGCCGGGCAACCAAUUGACAGGAAAUUUGAGCGGUUGGUUGGAGCAAAUGACGAAUCUCAUCAUUUUGGAUCUCAGCUAUAAUUUAUUCAACGGUUCCAUGCCUUCCUCCUCCGUUGGUAAGUUGUCUAAUCUCACUGAAUUGCAAGUGUUGGACUUGUCUUACAACCCCAUCACCAUAUCUAUUGGGCAGAGUUGGGUCCCCCCUUUCCAACUCAGAUUACUAGAUUUAACCAAUUGUCAGUUGGGACCUCAAUUUCCAGAAUGGUUGCAGUUCCAAACACAGAUCGAAGAAUUAUAUUUGGCAGACUGUAAAAUUGCAGGGACAAUGCCCGCUUGGUUUUGGAAUAUUUCAUCUUCUACCAUCACAGAGUUAGACCUUUCCAACAACCAAAUAGGAGGCAAGCUGCCAUCUUCUUUCAAGUUCACCAAGUUGGAAACAUUAUAUUUGGACUCCAACAGAUUUGAAGGUCCAUUGCCAACGUUGCUACCAUCUACACUUGAUGCUCUAUCUCUUUCCAAUAAUUCCUUUACAGGGCAAUUGCCGAUAUGGCCUCAUGUUAGAUUGGUGAUAAUCUCAGAUAACAUGCUUGACGGUGGCUUAUCUUUGUCAAUCUGCCAAUGGAAAUAUCUCCAAUAUCUUGACCUUUCGAACAACAAAUUACUUGGUGAGAUCCCUUAUUGUCUGGGAAAAUCAUUACAAAAUCUUUGUUACUUAGAUUUGGGCAACAACCAAAUAGGAGGCAAGCUGCCAUCUUCUUUCAAGUUCACCAAGUUGGAAAUGUUAUAUUUAUACUCCAACAGAUUUGAAGGUCCAUUGCCAACGAUGCUACCAUCUACACUUGAAGCUCUAUCUUUUUCCAAUAAUUCCUUUACAGGGCAAUUACCGAUAUGGCCCAAUGUUACAUCAGUGGGACUCUCAGAUAACAUGCUUGACGGUGGCUUAUCUUCAUCAAUCUGCCAAUGGACAUUUCUCGAAUACCUUGACCUUUCGAACAACAAAUUACUUGGUGAGAUUCCUUAUUGUCCGGAGGAGUCAUUACAAAAUCUUCGAUUCUUGAAUUUGGGCAACAAUCACUUCUCGGGUGAAAUUCCACACACGAUCGGAUUUUUAAGUGAGCUUCAGCUAUUGCAACUAAAAAAUAACAGUUUUUCGGGUGAGGUUCCUUUGUCAUUGAAAAAUUGUACAAAUUUAUGGUUUCUUGAUCUGGCUCAAAAUAAUCUUGUCGGAAGUAUAACGCUAUGGAUGGGAGAAAAUCUACGACGACAACUGGUAGUUCUUCGUCUACGUUCAAAUAUGUUUUCUGGAGUUAUUCCCUGGCAACUUGCUCGAUUUAAGAGGCUUCAAAUAUUGGAUCUUGCAAAUAAUAAUCUAUCUGGAUCAAUACCUCACAACAUUGGUAAUUUAAAUACCAUGAGAUCGACAUCACAAUAUAAUGAUUUUUGUUAUGAUGAAUUAGAUGUCUUUACGAAGGGACAAGAUCUUCAUUAUUUACAAUGCAGUAUAAAACUUAUGAAAAGUAUGGAUCUUUCGAACAAUAGUUUAACUGGAGAGAUCCCAAAAGGAAUUGGAGAUCUUGCAGGACUCAAGAAUUUAAAUUUGUCAAGAAAUCAUUUACAAGGUAAAAUCCCUUGGGAGAUAGGAGGAAUGAAAUCAUUAGAAUCCCUUGAUCUAUCAAUAAAUGAUCUUUCUGGUAGCAUUCCUGAGAGCUUAUCGGUUUUAUAUUCCUUGAGCUACUUGAAUUUAUCAUAUAAUAAUCUUUCGGGAAGGAUACCAACUGGUCAUCAACUCCAAACACUCAAUGAUCCAUCCAUUUACAUGGGCAAUGCCGACUUAUGUGGACCACCAACUUCCAAAAGUUGUUUUAAUAAUAAAAUAACUCAAAAUAUUAUACAAGAGUACAAGAAGGAGAUUCCUGAGUGGCUAUGGUUCUAUAUCAGUAUGGUAUUAGGAUAUGUGAUAGGAUUUUGGACCUUUUAUGGUAUUCUCUUCCUCAAAGAUGCAUGGAGACAUAUUUAUUUUCAUACGAUUGAUCAUAUGUAUGAUUGGUUAUGGGUGCAAUGGCAUUUAAUCUUUUGACGAUUGUUUAGACUUUAAUCCUAAAAUUUCUAGUGUGGAUGAUACAAGACUUUACCGUAGAUGGGGAGAAGAUGCCAGUGAGUAGAUUGAAUUUGGUUAUGCAUCGAGGCAAUAAAUUAUAUCAUUUAUGGUUCAAACUCUUGAGACUUGUGAUGUAAUAAUCCAUUAGUUUGGUGAACUUAUUUGUAUUUGAGAGCUCAAUAUGUCGCUACUAUUAUACGUGGACAUUAAGGGUGUUUUUGUUUUGUAUUGCGUAAAAUGCAUGAAUUUUUGGAUUUAACAGGUCUUGUAAUCGGAGGUGAUGGAACUUAAAAAAAAAGAGCCGCUGCAAUAUUUGAGGUAGUUAUAAAAUAGAAGUUCUUUAA